CCCCGACACCAUUCGAUUAACAAGAAGUCGAGUAUUAGUUCGUUUAGUAAGCGAUUACAAAACCAUCAGAGACUCUGUUAAGCUCACUAGAAGCGAGGUUCGAUCAACAGACGUCGAGGAACUGAAGCUGCGAAAAUACAACCUCCUUAGCUUCGUUCGGAAGUGACAAGAAGCGAAUCUCAAAAGCACAAAGAAAAUAUGAAGCUUUUGGAAAACGCCCGGUUGGAUACGCUUAGUGCAGCAAUUUCCACCAACACAGGGGACAGCCAGAUCGAUGGAAGGUAAGAUGUCGGUUGUCGUUUUACUGUUGUAUGUUAACUUUAUUGUUUGGUCCAAAUAAGCUCAGCUGUCAAAGUGAUCCAACUGACUCAGACUGCAUUUCCCUGAGGCAAGAAUUAAACAGUUAAACGUGCAGUAUUACAGCUGAUUUUCGGCCAUGUGAACGAACACAACGCUUAAAACGAAUCUUAUUUUUCUACUUUUACACUUCCCAGAUUUUGAUCGAAGGCCUUUAAUUUGAUAUUUUUUUCGGUCGAUGACUAUGUACAAACGCUGUGUUUCAAUUUAACCCCUCGCUUGUUUUAAUUGUCAUAUAUUUUUUGAGAAGGGUAAUGAUCGAUAAAGAGAAAAACAAAGCCAAAUACAGAUUGAGCCAUUGUGUAAAUGUGUUGUUUUUCUUCGAUCACGGGACUUUCCGCUGACGGAGAGAGGACAAAUCGAGUGGGUUGUUUACCAAAAUACAAGGGCAAACGGAUAUCGAUUUACGGCUUGGGCAAAUGGUAAGCAAAAUUCAUGACUGGAAAAUCUCGUCCGUUAAUUUCGUUCACCAUUUGCACAAAUCAAAUAAAAAAACGGCUAUGAAAGCCUGCAACUGGUAUCAAAGGUGCCUUCGAUGAAGACUUCGAUGAAAUGGAACACGAAUUUCUGCUUGGAACAUUUGGAACAGAAAAAUGUUGCCUUUUCAGAAAUUCUGUUGCUCACAGAAGUUUUUUUAAUUUGAGUGACCUGAAAAGUCAUGUUUCAUUUGCUUGCCAACUGGAUUUUCUGGAAACUUUUUGCAUAUGGUAAACAACUGCGGUCUCUACCUCGUGAUAUGUUCAUGUAAUGAGACUGGAGGGCUUGGUUACCAGAGAAACUAACGUAUGGUGCUGUGUCAGUGGGAAAAUAGCCCAAGUUUGAAACAUUUAAAAUAACACGACUUCGAGGCUUUAGGGUCAUAAAUGCAAAUUUUACAUGACUCCUUAGACCAAAUUUUUUAGUUUCAAUAGGACAGGUUCGAUUUAUUAAAAUUCUAACAUGACUCCGAUGCUUUCUGGUCAUUUUUCUAUAUGGAGUCUAUUGUCUCGCAAUUCCCUGAAGAGACUUGAGCACAAGGAAAACCAAACCAAGUAUAGAAAAAUGACCAGAAAGCAUCUGAGUCACGCUAGAAUUUUAAUAUAUCAAACCUGAAAAAUUUGAUCUAAGAGUUAAUUUAUCUCUGUAAAGAAAUAAAGCAGAACUUUCCAGCACAAGACCUUCAUCAGAGCAAAUCAAGGGAUUGUCGGUUUUAUGCAGUUUAUACACCUAUUUUGAGAAAGGUUGUCGGAAAAAGUGCACGCGAUAAUCCCGAAAGGUAUUGUGGGUGGUUUUUAGUUCACUGUUUUUUCAAAGAAAUUUCAAAGAAUGGCAAGAGGGGCCAUGGACGUAUGUUAGUGAGUGCUAAAGGAAAGCAACAAAAGUAGGUUCGACGGCUACAGUGUCAGGAACAGUGUAUUGAUCAUAUCCCAUAUUACCUUUUGGGAUUGUUGCGUGCACAGUUUUUCUGACAACCUUUCUAGAAAUAGCUGUAUAUCAAAAUGUGGUGGAUGUACAUUGUAGUUGGUAAUAUGGUAAUAAUGAAAGUGUUCUUUGCUUUUCAUAGGGAUUAAGAGUAAACACGUGGAAGAUAAUUUUUUGUUCUAUAUUUUUUGCCACUUUUGGUGUUGCCUUGGUGUGAGUAGUGACUACGCAUUGCCAUGUUUGGUUAGAAUGCUUUGAAAGGAUGAAAGGGCAUGUGACUGGUCUUCAUACCUAGGCUGUACCAUAAAAAACCACAGAUUAGGCACAAUCUCUGGACCCGCUCUGAUAAAUGAGUGAUGCAUGUGUAAUAUGCUCAAAACAUCAUUUGAGGCGAAGAAACCAAAUUCUUACAUAACAUGAUAUGCUAAUAUAUGACUCUUCUUUCUCCUGUUUAUUUAUCUUCUCUUAGAAUUGAAAGCUAUUCUUGCAAGAUGGCUGGUAGUGACAAGAAAUUAUACAAAACUCUAAAUGAAGGCAGUGGUCCCAAUGAACUUCAAGCAUUGUCACCUCCCCAAACACACUUUCAAACCACUACCCCAGGUAGUAUAUCGCCCACAAACAGCAGUUACCCUGGUAUUCUGGCCAAUAUGCGACCGAGGACACUUAGCACAGGAAGCCAGGAAGAGGCGGUAUUGUGCGAUACCAUCAGUCGUAAGAUGUUAUUUUACUUGAUAUCAACACUGAAUGCUGCAUUCAAUCCUGACUAUGACUUCAGCAAUGUUAAGUCUCAUGAAUUCUCUCGUGAGCCAAAUCUGCGAGUUGUCAUAGACACAAUUAAUGGGAAUUUGUCAGCAAAUGUUGGGGAGCCUUUUGUGGCACUGAAGACUGGGUUAUGGGCUGCUGUGGAUGAAGAGAUAAAUCUUGCAGAGUGUGAUAUUUUCAGGUAACUUUAAAUAUUGAGUUUGGUCAUUUCAAGCGCCAAAUGCAAGCCGGAGUCAGCCAAGCAUGAACCAACCUUAAGUCAAGCCCAAAAGUUAUUUUUUUCCCAUUUUACAGUUUCAUUGCCACAGAAAAGCAUUUUAACAAUUUUGUUGAAAACAUUUUCAAGACGAGAAAUACAUAAUAUGUGAUAUCUACAUUGAAACUUGUACUGUGGUGAAUAAAACACAUUCUACAUGUAUAACAUAAAGAGUUCAAUAUUGUGCCACAAGCUGUUGUCACACCUGCUUCUCAUUAACAACAGAUCAUGAAAUGACCAAACUAUUGCAACAAAGAACAGAGAGAAAUAACUUUUCGGCCUGUUGUCCUUCUUCCUUUGAGUUUCAGUUUAUAACAAAUAGCAUUUUCUGAAGUACUCAAUUUUUGCUUUAUCGCUGUAUUUUUGUGUGAGUAAAUUGAACAACAUUCAGUAGUUUUAUUAUGCUUUUUAUUACUCAUGAUUAGCUUGCCAAAAAAGUACAUUAUAGGAAAGGGAAGGAAGAUACAGAGAUUUCAGAUUUUUACUUGUUCCUUUUAGGUUCUUCAAACUCCACAUUUCAGUGGCAAUGGUGUGAUAGUCAAAUCUCCUCCCAGUGAAUUGAAUUGCAUGUUCCCAGUCUAAUACUUUGCACAUUCCAGUUCCUAUUAACUAGUCAUUUCCUCAUACAUGUAUUUCUUUCAUUUCUGUAGUUAUAACCCUGAUCUUGACUCAGAUCCUUACGGUGAAGAGGGUAGUCUAUGGUCCUUCAACUACUUCUUCUACAACAAGAAAAUGAAGAGAAUCUUGUUCUUUACAUGUAGGGCAACAAGGUAACAAUAGUUAUUAGUAAAGUGACAGUACAUGGUGAGAUAUAGACCACAACAUCAACAGUCACAUAUAGUUAUGUAAACAUCAAAAGUUUAUGACUUGUUACUUCUUGAAUCAAGGCUACCUUUAAUAUAAUUUUGGAAACAGUGCUGUGCAAUUUUGGCUGGCCUGACCUUAAAUCUUGUCUCAUUUUACAACUUAGUACUUAUAGUUAUAAAAGGCAACAGGGAAAGACUAAAAACGUUGUGUGCAGCUAUAUUUAUUUUAGAACAAAGUCUUGUAGUAAGUGGCAAAGAUCACAUCAUAUCCAUUUUAAUAUACACAUGUUUAGGCAUACAUUAUUUCAAACUUGGCCAAGUAGACCUGGACUUUAUUAGACAGUAUAUACUGUAAGUCUUAAGGUUAUUUGGGAUCAGCAUUUAUUUGUUAAAAAGUGGUAUUAUGCCAUUUUUCGCAAACCAUUACAUUCUCUUUCUAUUAUAGAAAAUUGCUUUGGGACUACUAGUUUUCAACCAGCACAAUAAAUUGAGAACAGACAAUUUGGACUGCAGUGCAUUUUCUUUAUAUAAAUAAGGUCUUAUGGUGAUUUUUUAACAAUGAUUUGUUCACUUGUUAGCUCAAGUGCACAGUACCAGUCUGAUGAAGGUGAACAGUUUGAAAUGGAGCCUAUGGACGCUGAAUUUGAGGAGUCUUCCUUUAACAGGUGUGUG